CCAUUGGUGCAUGCGCAAUGCAGUUGUUUUACUUCGUAAGUUAGUUUGAUAACCUAGAAUAUUCAGAACUCAAUAAAAAUAUAAUUAUUUGUGUUUUGAAAACAUACAGAAUUAAUCUUAUAUAUAAAUUUAAGAGCCAGUAUGAGUAACCAACAUCAGGGUUACUUAUCGGUGCCGAAAUCAACAACAUCAAAUGGAUAUAACAACACUGUUGGAUCGCGAGCUGGGGGAUCAUCUUCACCAAAUUCAGGAACGUCAAAUGUAUCAAAUCGUGCCGGAGGUGACAUUGAACAUCGUGCCCUUUUAGCUGAACAUUUGAAGAAAUUAUGUUUUAAUGAAGAAUAUUCAGAUGUAACAUUUGUGGUUGAAGGUCAAAAACUCCCUGCUCAUAAGGUUGUUUUAGCCGCUCGAAGCGAUUAUUUCCGUGCUCUAUUGUAUGGUGGAAUGAAGGAAUCGACUCAAACUGAAAUUGAGCUAGAUGCUCCUUUGGAUGCGUUCAAGGCACUUUUGAAUUAUGUGUAUACUGGUCAUAUGAGUGUAUCUGGGAUGAAACAGGACACAGUUUUGGAUGCACUAGGUUUGGCACAUGCGUAUAAUUUUGUGGAUUUGGAAAAUGCUAUUUCUUUUCAUCUUCGUCAUACUUUGUCACUCUCAAAUGUGUGUGCCAUAUUAGAUGCAGCUAGGCUGUAUCGUUUGAAUUCCUUGAUUCGUGUUUGCCAUCGUUUUAUGGAUCGCCACGCUGUUCAGAUUCUUAAAAUGGAUUCGAUUUAUAAUUUAUCGCAGGGAGCAUUAGCAGAACUGUUAGCACGAGAUUCAUUUUGUGCGCCUGAAGUGGACAUCUUUCAUGCUGUUUGUAAUUGGAUUAAAGCAAAUCAGUAUGCAGAAAAUUGUACAUCAAGUUCACUUGAGAGUCCUCUAUCAUCCGUACGACUUACAUUAAUGUCAGUUGCUGAAUUAUUAACAGUUGUCCGUCCUGUAGGACUUAUGUCUGCAGAUGCUUUAUUAGAUGCCAUUGGAGAACGUACUCGUGCCAGAUAUAAUUCGCUACCUCAUCGUGGUCUUAUGUUACUUGAAGAAAAUGUGGCAUGUCCACGGCAUGGUGCUACCGUGAUUGCUGGUGAGCUUCGCGAAGCUUUAUUGUCAGGUGAAACUGAAAAAUAUGACAUGGAACGCGGGUAUACUAGGCAUGCUAUUGGUGAACCUUCUCCAGCUACUGCUGGCGGCGGUACUACGGACCCAGGUGGUAUUAUUGUUCAACUUGGAUCACCUUGUAUUAUAAAUCAUAUAAAGUUAUUGCUGUGGGAUCGUGAUUUAAGAUCAUAUUCAUAUUACAUCGAAGUAUCAAUGGAUCAAAAAGAUUGGAUUCGUGUAAUUAAUUAUUCCAAAGAAUUUUGUCGUUCUUGGCAACAUUUAUAUUUUACGCCAAAGGUCGUACAUUACAUACGGAUCGUUGGUACUAAUAACACAGUAAACAAAGUGUUUCAUGUGGUAUCCAUGGAAGCAAUGUAUACAUCACGCAUGCCCACGCUAAUUAAAGGCUAUGUUGUUCCACAAUAUAAUGUUGCUACUUUGGAAUUAAGUGCAACCGUCAUUGAAGGUGUUAGUCGAUCAAGAAAUGCUUUAUUGAAUGGAGAUACACAACAUUAUGAUUGGGAUUCUGGAUACACCUGUCAUCAAUUAGGAUCUGGUGCAAUCUUGGUUCAAUUAGGACAACCGUAUAUGAUUUCGUCCAUAAGAUUAUUAUUAUGGGAUUGUGAUGAACGCGCAUACAGUUACUAUGUGGAAACAUCUGUAAAUUUAUGGAAUUGGGAAUUGGUCGCCGAUCGUACACGAGUACCAUGCCGAUCAUGGCAAACAAUACGAUUCUCUGCACGACCUGUUGUAUUUAUACGAAUUGUUGGCACUCAUAAUACAGCAAACGAAGUUUUCCAUUGUGUCCAUCUUGAAUGUCCCGCUCAAGAAAGUAAUGCUGCAAACACUGGUGAUGGUGAUGUAGUUGAUGGAGAUGAAAUUGAACCUUCCACAAGCCAUGGGCCGGUUGAAGGUAAAGAGGGUAAUAUUAGUGAUGAUGAUAGUGUUGGAUCGUAUGAAGAUAAAGUUGAAAGUACAAGCGAAAUUGCUAAAAACGAUGAGACUGAUGAAUUAAUGCAAGAUAAUGAUGCAAAUCCAGAUACAUUAGAUAAGGAAUAAAAAAAAAUCAUGCUAUAAACAUGAUAAUAUGCUCUUACGCACCUUAGAGUUAAUUUCUCUGCAUAAAGCAAUCAAAAAAGAUGAAAUUUUUCUUUGUUUAGUUGAAAGAGUUUAAAACAUUCUAGAGCGAAUUGUUGUGUUUUUUCUUUAUUUAUUUUAUAAUUUAUCAAAAUUUGUAAAAUGCUAUGGAAUGUAUCUAGAAGCAAUACUUUUAUAAUAUUUUGAUUAGAAAAUUUGUUGUUUUUUUCCACUUAUAAUACAGGAUCGUAGUUAGCCGAACGCAAUUCUUGAUUUUUCUUUUUGAUUUUGGCGGAUGUUUUCCGUUUUUGGCGGAAAAACUAAUCAGUCAGAAAAAUAUAUA